CGGCGGCGGCGGCGCUGCUUCCUCGCCCUCCUUUGCCGUGGGCUGCUGGGUCCUGCGCGGGUCGGGCGGCGCGCCGAGGCCGGGGCUGGCGGGACCUCUCGGGGCUCGGUUUUCUCCUCUGCCGGGGCAAGGCGGGAAAGAGGAAGAAGAGGCCGGCGAAGAGGGAGUGACGAUCAGAAUGAAUGGGCAUAUUUCAAACACACACAGCAGUGCAUAUGGGAGUUACUCUUCACAAAUAAAUGGAUAUGGGUCACCAACCUUUGCACCUAGCGACAGAGACCAGGGUUCGAAGACAAGCGCAAAAGCUUUGUACGAGCAAAGAAAGAAUUAUGCACGAGAUAGUGCGAGCAGCAUCUCUGAAACGUCGCAGUACCAUGUGGAGCACCUGACCACUUUUGUUUUGGAUCGGAAAGAGGCCAUGAUCACGGUAGACGAUGGGAUACGGAAGCUGAAACUGCUCGAUGCCAAAGGCAAGGUGUGGACGCAAGAUAUGAUUCUCCAAGUGGAUGAUAAAGCUGUCAGUCUGGUGGACUUGGAAUCCAAGAAUGAACUGGAGAACUUCCCCCUGAGCACCAUUCAGCAUUGCCAAGCUGUGAUGAGCUCCUGCAGCUACGAUUCCAUCCUUGCCUUAGUAUGCAAAGAGCCAGCACAGAGCAAAGCUGAUCUUCAUCUUUUCCAGUGUGAUGAGAUUAAGGCUAGCUUUAUCCAUGAAGAUAUUGAAAGUGCAAUCAGCGACAACAAAGGGGUGAAACCAAAGAGGAGGCUUGAAACACUCAGGAUGAUUUCCAAAGCCGACAGCACUAUCCCUCCGCCCCCCAAAGCGCCGGCUCCCGUCCCCCCAGGUACCGUCACGCAGGUGGACGUCAGAAGCCGGGUGGCAGCCUGGUCCGCUUGGGCAGCCGAACAAGGAGACUAUGAAAAGCCAAGACAGUUCCAUGAACACGAAGAAACAGCUGAAAUGGUGACAGCCAGAAUUGACAGAGAUGUUCAAAUCCUAAACCACAUCUUGGACGACAUUGAAUACUUUGUCACCAAACUUCAAAAAGCAGCCGAAGCAUUUGCUGAGCUUUCAAAGAGGAAGAAGACCAAGAAGAAUAAAAAGAAAGGUCCCGGCGAGGGUGUCUUGACUCUGCGUGCAAAGCCUCCAGCUCCAGAUGAAUUCGUGGACUGUUUGCAGAAAUUUAAACAUGGCUUCAACCUCCUGGCUAAAUUAAAAUCCCACAUCCAGAAUCCCAGUGCCCCAGAGCUGAUUCAUUUUCUGUUUACUCCAUUAAAUAUGGUGGUACAAGCCACAGGGGGCCCAGAGCUUGCCAGCACCGUCCUCAGCCCUCUGUUAACAAAAGAUACGAUAGACUUCUUGCGUUACACGGUCACAAGUGAAGAAGGACAACUGUGGAUGUCGCUAGGUGACACAUGGACCAAAGCCAGGGCAGAGUGGCCCAAAGAACAGUUCAUCCCACCCUACGUGCCACGAUUCAGAAAUGGCUGGGAACCCCCUUUGCUGAACUUCAUGGGGGUCCCAAAGGAACAAGAGCUCAACCAGCUAGCAGAGUCCGUGGCCAACGUGGCGGAGCAGCAGCGGAAGCAGGAAAUGAAAGAGCUGUCAGCUGAGCAUUCCAGCAUCUCCGAUUAUCCUCCGUCCGAUGGGUAUGCAUUCAGUAACACAGCUUACAAAAGAGGGCCUCUGCCGGACCAGGGUGCGGCUGUAGCUGCUUUUAAACAAACUGUUAGCCGACAUGUAGAUAGAAAUUACGAGGCGCACGCGAAAGCCCAGACCAAGAAAUAUGCCAAAACCAAGUAUGACUUUGUGGCAAGAAAUCACAGUGAACUUUCGGUCAUGAAGGAUGACAUCUUAGAGAUCCUCGACGACCGAAAGCAAUGGUGGAAAGUCCAGAACGCAAGUGGAGUUGCAGGAUUUGUGCCAAACAACAUCUUGGAGCCUCUGAGAACUCAGGAACUGGGCUGCACGGAACCGUCCUACACGCACACUAUACAGAAACAAAGGACAGACUUUGUUCCAAAGCAGCCAGACUGCACUCCUGUCGCCCCGUCCCCACCUCAGACACCAGUCCCCGUCCCUCUGCCCCCCAGCGUGCCAGCGCCUCUCCCCGUUCCGGUGCCAAAGGUCCCUGGAGCCAUCAGCCGCCAGAGCAGCACUUCCAGCGAUAGCGGGCGAGAGUCCCAAAGGCAGAAACCGCCACCUAUUGAUCGAAGGAAAUCUCAAAUGGAGGAAGUCCAGGACGAGCUCAUUCACCGGCUCACCAUCGGCCGGAGUGCCGCCCAAAAGAAGUUCCAUGUGCCACGCUCUAAUGUCCCGGUGGUCAAUAUCAACUACGACUCCUCUCCUGAAGACGUCAAGAUGUGGCUCCAGGCCAAAGGCUUCAACCCAGUGACCGUCAACAGCCUCGGCGUUCUGACUGGCGCCCAGCUCUUCUCCCUCAACAAAGAAGAACUCAAAACGGUGUGUCCGGAAGGUGCUCGCGUCUAUAGCCAAGUCACUGUUCAGAAAGCGGCACUGGAGGCUACCAGCGGAAGCUCAGAAUUGCAGGAGAUCAUGAGAAGGCGGCAGGAGAAGCUGAGCGCCACAGCCACAGACUCAGGAGUCGAGUCUUUCGACGAGAGCAGCAGUCACUAAAAAGCGUCUUUUUCUGUCAACGUUUCUUUUUUUGUCGUCGCUGUAAAGAAGAAAAACCAGAAAGCGCUCCUGUCGUCCUCGGCGCUGUUCCAUCCCGCUUUGUUCUAGGAAUCCACGCGAAAGGGAGACGUCCAAUUUCCUAUUUUUUGUAGAUAAUACUUGAUGCCAUAAAGGAAGCAUGCAGUUGAGAAGGAGAGGGGGGGCCCCCACGCCGCUGCGCCCCCUUCCCUCCCAAGUCUAUGUCAAGGAAGUUCUCCCUUUGGGCGUCCUUCACCGGCACUCGUGAGGCCGGUUUGGUGGCACCGAUCAUUUCAUGCUUCUCUCCUUCCACCCUUCCUUCUGUUUCUAAGUGAGCCAGCAAAAUAACGUAGCUGCUUUCCGUGGAAAGCGGAGCCCGUAGAGAAAAUGUAUUGAGUCUGGAAUGAAGGCCCGAUCCAGAUGCAGUUCAGCUUUUAAAAAUCUUAUUGAUUUCCAAUGCACUUCAAGCACUGCGCCCCCUGGAAAUCAUUGGGAAUCAAAAGGCUUUGCUUUAGCAGGGCCUUCCUUUGUACUCCUUCUGUCCCUCUAGCUCUGCAGCCCGGGCCUUUUUCCUUCCCCAGCCCUGAGAUGUUCCUACUUACUUUAAAAGUUCCGAAUGCCAGCAAGCCGAAGGUCGAAAUGUUCUGAUUUCGGUGGCGGCAGCUCUGAUCUUACAAGCACAGACCCGUACUCUUCCGUACACUUUCCCGAGAGAUGGUUUCUUAAUGAAAAUGUAGAUAGAGAAAUAAUUUAUUCUGGAUUCGAUUUUUAUUGCUGUCCCGACGAGCACAAGCGGUCAGCGAUCCAAGCACCAGUGGGAACAGCACAAAGGGGUUGGGUUUUGAAGGUGGGGGGGCGCAGUCAAUCUGGUCUGUCGGUACCAGUGUGGUGGUUUCACAGUAUUAUUUUGUUUUUAAAGAAGAGUGUUGCAAACUCGUUUGCUUGAGCUGCGCAAGUCCAAAGCAAAGCGAAACCCAAUUUUUUAGGCAAGAGUGAAAUAGGAAAGGUGAUUAUAAAAAUGGUUGAAGAGACUGAAAUGUCCGUUUUCAACUUAAAUCUUCUAAAAAUUUGGCCAGUCCUGAUAUAUAAAGAUAUAACUAUCUUCCAGUAAAUGAGAUUUUUUUGAAGGGGUGAGUGUGUGUGUGGGGGGAGGUGAUCCUCAGUGACUUAUUUUUUCCUUCAAAAAAAAAAAAGUUCUAUUCUGUCACUUGUAUAUAAAGGCAUCCAAAACCCAUCAUGUCAUCUAGAAGAAAUUAAUCAUCUAGUUUUAUUAAUUUUCAUGGUGCCUUUUUCACAUGAUU